GCGUUUAUAAAUACUGCUUGAAUCACGCUGGCAAGUCUUGGUCGUCAGAAACGCUCAGGGUUGCAGCAGAACAUCCCCCUUUCGUCUUAUCCCCCAUUCAUCCGUUUCUCUGUUUUUUAAAGAUAAAUCUCACACAUCAUCCACAUUUUUCACUCUCACUCUUCCUCCCCCCAUCCCUCUCUCUUUUUUUUUCCUCCGAACCAGUAGUUGUUGUUGUUGUUGGGGUUUUUUUUUCCGCGCGGCCAGUUGCAUGCAUUUUUCGUCUCCCAAAAUGGUUUGCGAGACUAAAAUUGUUGCGGACGAGCACGAUGCUAUACCUGGGACCAAAAAAGAGUCGAUCAUGUGGAGCGCCCCUCCGUCCAGCGCGGCUCUGAGCGCCGCCGAGGCCAAGGACGCGCGGAGAGACGCGGUGUUUAUCCGCGAGUUCGAGCGCGGGGAUCAGGAGGAGGUGCGGCGCAUCUUUUACGAGGGUAUCAUGGAGAGGAUACCCAACACGGCGUUCAGGGGGCUCAGGCAGCAGCCCAAGACCCAGUUUUUAUACGCUCUCCUGACAGUAAUGUGCUUUUUCAUGACCAAGUCCGUCACGCUGACCUGCUGCGCGCCCCUCAUUCUCAUGGGUGCGCGCUACUACUACAGCAGGAAAGUUAUCCACGGUUAUCUGGACUGUGCUCUGCACACGGACAUGGCUGACAUAGAGGCUUAUUACAUGACACCCACAGGCUCCUGUUUCUGGGUGGCGGUGCUCGACGGACGCGUGGUGGGAAUCGUGGCGGCACAAGGCCGUGAGGACGACAACACGGUCGAGCUGAAGCGCAUGUCAGUGGACUCUCGCUACCGUGGCAAAGGCAUCGCAAAGGCGCUGGGUCGUCGCGUUCUGGAGUUUGCCGUGCGCAACAACUACGCCGCCAUCGUCCUCGGCACGACGGCCGUCAAGUUGGCAGCCCACAAGCUGUACGAGUCGCUGGGCUUCCGCCGAACAAGCCAGAGCGAGGACUACAGGCUCCCCGGGAUGAACCGCUCGCCGCUGGAGAGGCUCUUCUUCCAGAUCCGUUACAUCCGCUACCGCCUGCAGCUCCGUGAGGAGUGAGAGAUGACAGGGAGAGGGAGAGAGAGAUGGA